UCAAUCUCAACUUCAGUAAGUGAGAGAAUGUGUACUAACAAAAUAUUGGGGAACUGUUUUGGUAUAUGGUUCAAUUCUGUAAAAUCGUUCAAGCGACAUAAGAACCUUCAUACCAUAAUCAUACGAUAACAUUCAUAUUUAUUUGUAAUUUUAUAUCCAAGCUAUGCUAAAAUAUCUGAUACUGAAACACUGGGUUUUUAAAUAUGAAUCAGUGCCAAAUUUACUGCCGUUAUAGAAAUUUAGCUAUUAUUUGUCUAUCUCUAACAGCAUUUGGAAUUAUAACUUUAAGUUAUUUAUGUUCUGACCAAAUUUGUGCUUUUAAUAGUUGGACAUAUUCUCAAAGUCACUCUAGUCAAUGGAAUAAAUUUAGUUUGAAACAUGUGGUGGACAAUAUGGGAAAACCUCUAUCAUUUUUAUCUCAUCCCCUUAUAGCGAAAUCUGAUUUAUAUAGAACAAAAAGUAAACUGUCAUUUGAAGAUAUGGUUAAAGAACCUGAUUUUGAAUUUGAUAUUAAAGGUUCAGAUGUUGUUGUAUUCUUGCAUAUUCAAAAAACAGGUGGAACUUCAUUUGGAAGACAUUUGGUGAAAAAUUUAGCAUUAGAACAGCCUUGCUCUUGUCAAAAGGGACGGAAAAAAUGCAAAUGCUCUCGUCCUCAUUCAGAAGACAGGCAGUGGCUUUUUAGUCGAUAUUCUACUGGUUGGAAAUGUGGAUUACAUGCUGACUGGACUGAACUGACGAACUGUGUUGAUAGUGCUAUGGAUCAAACUGAAAGAGAGUCUUCAAAAAGAAGGUACUUUUACAUCACAUUAUUACGAGAACCAGUUGCUAGGUUUUUAAGUGAGUACCGACAUGUUCAGAGAGGUGCAACUUGGAAAACUGCUCGUCAUUUGUGUGGUGGGAGGUCACCAACUAAAAAGGAAUUGCCUCCUUGUUUUGAAGGAAAAGAUUGGAGUGAUGUCACUUUGGAACAAUUUAUGAACUGCAAAUCCAAUUUAGCUAUAAAUCGACAGACUAGAAUGUUAGCUGACUUAACUCUUGUUGGUUGUUACAAUCAGUCUGUAAUGACAAAACAUCAAAGAGAAGUGAUAAUGCUUGCUAGUGCCAAACAAAAUUUACAAAGAAUGGCAUUCUUUGGACUUUGUGAAUAUCAAAAACUCACUCAAUACUUAUUUGAACACACUUUUCAUUUAAAAUUUCUUCAGCCAUUUCAACAGUUGAAUGAAACACGUAGCAGCUUGACAUUAUCUGAAAUAAAUGAAGAAGAUGUCCAGAGAAUAAAAGACUUAAACAGACUUGAUAUAGAACUUUAUCAGUUUGCAAAAUCAUUACUUUUCCAAAGGUAUAGUUUUUUGAACAAUUCAAAAAAUACAAUUGAGUCUGAAUCAAAAGAAGUAAUUGACCAGAUUUUUGAAUCUGAUGUUUAAAAAAAACUUUUUUGCAGUAGAUUCAAAAAUUUAUACUAGAUUCUGGAAGUAUGUACAAAUAACUGCUAUUUAUUUUAAUGUUUAAAAAUUGUCAUGAUUUCUUAAUUAAAAAAAAAAAGUACUUUUCUUCUCCGUAGAAGAUUUAAUGAUUUAUGUUUCAUGUUGAAACAAAGUUACAGUUUAUUUUGUUAUUCAAAAUGAUAACAAUUUCAAAAUAAACAAAAUAUGCACACUCCUUUAUUUUAGAAUUUGUGCUCUUUGAUUUUAAUGCAUUUAUAAGUUUUUAUUUAAAAAUAAAUUAAUGCAAGAAUAUUUUGUUUGCUUUUUCAUGGUAUUUUUUUUAUACUUAUCGGUUGGAACGGCAACCAAGAAGCGCCAAGGAAAAAUUUUACAAAUUUUUGGUGAUUUCAAUCAUUAAACUAUAUAGCUAUGUGUGUGUGUGUGUAUAUAUAUAUAUAUAUGCACUUGAAUAUAUUUUUAUAAUUUGGCAAAAAUUUUUCUUGAUGCUUUUUAGUUGCCAUUAAACCCGAAUUAUUUAUAACCGACUAUUCUUUUAAAUGUACUCUUAAAUUUUCCAAAGACAUAAAUGCUCUAAUUACAAUUAGAAAUAUAUGAUAAAUAUUGCAGCUAUAAGAAACCUUUAAAACAAUUUAUUUUGUUUACCCCAAAUGAUAUAUGUAUAUCUGAUAAGAGAAUAAAUAUUUUCCCAUUAUGUAUGUUUACAAUUUUAAUGUUGCAGCAUCUUUAUAUAUAAUUCAGUGUGAUCUUUUGGAUACUUAAUUUUAUAGAACUUAAUGUUUAUUAUGUAAUCAUUCGGUAACUCAUUCUUAAUUAUUUUUUUUACAAAAAAAACGUGAAUAAAUAAUUAGAUAGGCAAUAUUUAAUGCAUUAGUAGGCAAUUUCAAUGCAUUAUUGACUUAUUUUUCUUUUAGCUUUUUCAUAGUUCAAUUUAACUGUAUAAAAACUAUGCAUAUAUUCAAAGACAUCGUAUA